CGACUGUUCCAAUUCAGUGUCCCAAAUAAAUUGAUAUGGCGUCAAGAUGUGGAACGAUGUUGAAUCGGAAAGUUUAUGUAGGCAAAGUAUCUAGGUUGCGAUUUAUACACUCGAAUACAAGAUGGCACAAUUCUAAUGAAAGAUGUGGUUGCAAUCUCAGAAGUCAACUCCAGGAAAGGGAUAAUUCAAGAGCAUUUUCUAGAAACAUUGGGGCCAUUAGCAUUGUUCGGCCAGCACUCCUUUAUCCACAUAAAACAGAGAAAAGGCCAAUUCGAACUUUCUUUAGUAAUCCACUUGAACAUGUUUUGAAAGACAAAAGAAAAGAAUACUCUGAGAGAAAAAUAUUACCGUUUUCCAUGGACCACAUGUAUGAUGUUGUUGCAAAUGUUGAUGAUUACAAGCAUUUUGUUCCAUGGUGUAGAGACUCAAAGGUCCUAGAAACAAAACCUGGUCAUUUAAGAGCUGUUUUAGAAGUUGGAUUCCCUCCUUUGGUAGAAAGAUAUACCUCAAUCCUAACACUAGUCAGGCCAAACUUAGUUAAGUCUGAGUGUGUUGAUGGAGACAUGUUUAACUACAUGAAGGCAGUUUGGAGGUUCAGCAAAGGAAUUCCAAACAAUCCAAACUCAUGCACAUUGAAUUUUCAUAUUGCUUUCGAAUUCAAGUCAGCUCUCCACUCUCAUCUUUCUACAAUGUUCUUUGAUGAGGUUGUGAAGAAGAUGGUUCAAGCUUUUGAAAAGCGUUGUGAAUUGCUCCAUGGCUCUAGUUUCUCAGGGAAGCCCAUUCAUAAGCGCCGCAGGAAAUUAUCAAGUUACAGAGAAACAGUUGAGACAAGCUAACAACAACUGGAUUAGAUGUUCAUAAAUGGCUAGGAAUGUGUCAAAUUGUGUCAAUUGUAACUAUUUGCACUUAUGUCAAUCGUGGUAAAUUUUUUUACUGAUUAUUAUUAACAUAACCUAGAAAGUGACAUGUCUUUAGCUACUCUUAACACUAAUGAUGUCUACUUCAAAUUAUCUUAAAUGAAUUGUACAUACAAUUGCACACAUGUUUGAAUAUUUAUGACCAAGUAGUGAUAUAUUGGUUAUUUUGUGAUUAUUUGCCUUACUGUAGUCAAAUGUCAUGAGUACUUUUUCAACACAAUUAACUUUAUGUUAGAGUAUUCCCAGCAUUUGCUCUGUUAGAGUCAACUUUUAUUGAUUUGAGGAGUGUUGCUCUAAAAUGGCCAGGUUAUGCCAACCACUUCAUACUUCAUACAUACAGACAAAAACAAACUAGAAAAAACUAAAGCUGCUUUUUGUGUCUUAUCAGAAAUAAAUUUGUUUAUAAUUAUACCCAACAUUAAUUUGUUUUCAUGAUCUAUUAAUACACAGUUCGAACAACCAUUUUAAUUUUAAGUAGGUUAACCUCAACCCUACCAAGCAUUGUCCUACCCUGUGCUUAGCAUAUAGACAGUUCUUCCUUUAAGCUGCCUUAAUGUUUGAAGCAUUGGCAAUUUUUAAAAAGUGUUCCCAGAUCUCUGAUCUCAUAGUAUUUCCAACAUGUUAAUGUUUGGUUAUUUACUAGAGCUAGAUCUCCUUUAGCAGUUAAAUAUCUUUGUGAUACAAGUGUUAGAUAAAGCAACUAAUUCAAUAUAUGGUAUUUAAAAUAAUAUACAUCGUGUAAUGACGUUUUACAUUUUAGAUACUAUUUUAUCCUUCA